AUGGCUUUGGAACUCGAGUACCGCAACACCUUUAUCGACGUGAAGGAGGAGAUCCAAGAUGAAAUGCCGGCUUCCAGAAACCGCGCUCGCAGCUCCCCACCGGGUCGCGUGCGCCGCAGUAGCUUCGCCAGGGAGAUGAACGACGACGAGGCCGCCAUGCGCAGCUACGUGGGAGGCCUCGUGCAGACGGCCAUGCAGAUGAGUCAGAUCUCGAACACCGUUGUGGAAGAUCCCAAUCUGAGGUUGGCGACAGAUUUCGCCCCUGUUGAGCGCGAGCAGGUGAUCGUGCUCAGCGAGGGUAGCUGGGGUCACCCCGACGUGUGCCGUCGCCCUUGCAUUCACUUCAUUUCCGGCUACUGCGAGAAUGGUAAGGAUUGUGCUUACUGCCACCUCCCGCACGCGGAGAAGAUGGUCAAGCUCGACAAGAGGCAGCGUGCUAUGGUUCAACAGCUCACCCAUCAGGAGCUGGUAUCGGUGGUGCUCCCUUUCUGUUCCCGCAAGGCAGAGGACGGGGGAUAUGCGAACAAGGCAGACGAGAUUCUCGGUCUUCUCGAGAUGGGUUUGGAUCAUGCCACGUCAUCGUCCGAGUCCCGGCCCUUGGCCGACCGUGAGCUCCGAAAUCUACGCAAGACACUUGAAAGGAUGAGCUUCUCGAGCCUCAUCGGCUUGGUUUCCCGCACGCCACACGAAGAAGAUGAGGACUCCUCGCUUUAUGCGGCUUCCCUUAUGGCAGCCUUGCAAACUCUUCGUUCGCAGCUCCAUGUCCAGGUUGAGGCGCCCCCCAUAUAA